GCGUCACGCGAGAAGAAGAAGAAGAGUCUUCCUUUCACGCAGCAGUCACCCAACGAUCUCGAAGCCCUUCAGUACGAUGACUACGACAACGUCAUCGAGCAAAUUUCUCGCCCUGACUACCCCAGCGGGUGCGUGUACUCUACCGGAUCCCCAUUACGAGGAACUGAAACCGGUCUUCCCCCCAGCAAUCGACAACCUCUUCAGGUCUCCGCUCACCUUUCUAAUUAGACUUCUCCUCCAAAAAGCGCACGGGCUCGAUACCCUGCUCUACGUAUGGCAGAUAGAAUGGAGCAAGAACUACACUCAAGUGUUCGACGCUUUAUGGAAGUUAUAUGAAACAUUCCCCAAAGUGAUUCGAGCCUCCAUCUGCGUGCUCUGCAUGUGCAUCUUGCCCAGCGCGAUGAAGUCAUUCUGUAAGUGUCUCAGCAGUGACGACAACGCUACGACAGCCGGCACUUCUCUCCGAGCGACGACCAAGAGGUUGAGGAUGGGCCCGAGCAGAAUGGAUAAGGCGCAUAUGUUUAUUGUAAACUUCAUCUGGCUCAUCAUUCUCUUCUUUAUGGCGGUUUCACUGUUCGUGUGCAUCACUGCAAAUAACGUCAUGGCCAGGACUGUCCUCAACCUGCACAACUUCUCUAAGAUUGUGGAAAAACAGUAUCAAGAAUACCGCCUCGACAUCUACACGACGACAUCCUGCACAUCGGCUGAACACACCAAGCUCGUAUGGGACUCCCUGGAGCCCAUUUACCAAGGCUGCGUGUCCAGCCUCCUAGCGGAUCUUAAUGACCCAUUGUUCUCCGCAAUAGAUACCAACGCUGUAUCCAACUAUCUGGCAGUGCUUCCAAAGCUGUACAGCGAAUCUUUGCACCUGCAGCUCUCCGGGACGGUGCUUAACGUUGAGUCUGAGAAUAUCCAGGUGCUUUUGGCAACAGCGCUGUCCGAGGCGGACGCUGUUCAGACAGACUGUGAUGAUGGAGGAGCUGCACGAGCAUUCUGCAACGACCUCAAGAACAGUUACGCCGCUCUGAACAGCACCAGUUUCACCUUUCACGUCGAAGACAUAACUAAGCAUGUCAACACCUUGAAAGACCUCAUUCUACAAGGCAACGACGUAGUGCUGUUGCAGGGUAUUUCCGAUUAUGUAACCAUGAGACAAGACCCUGAACAAUUCUUGCUGGGCAGGAUUCCACAUGCGAACAUAACAGCAGCGGCAUUGGAUACGGGUUUGGAAUACAUUUCCAGCCACAUCCAAGCGUCAUCCAUCCUGGGAGACGUGACCUACUUGACGUCGUGGGCCGCCAGCUUACUUACUAACUUGGAGGGGGUUUUGGCUGCCACUGUCUCUUAUGUGUAUUUGCUGAACAUCGUCCAUCUAACGGGCAUGACCAUCUGUUGGUUCUUUGCCUUCAUGAGCGCCAUCGCCGGCCUCUUUGGAAGUACACAACCGGGCCUUCUAGACAAAAGGACCGCCACGUCACUGAUGCACAUUUCUACCUUCGUCCACGAGGUGCUUGCGUUUCAGAUCUUCUUCGCCUCGUCAAUGUUCGUUUUCGUUGGUGUGAUCGGCGAACGCAGUAUCUGUGACGCGAUGCGGGACAUCCGAGACGAGAACAUGUUAAACUUCUUGCGGUACAUGGAAGAGUCCAGCUGGUACAACUGGGCGACUCAGCUUCCGGACAUUAUGGACCGUUGCAAUAAAGGGCUGCCCAUGUACGAGGUGAUGAUAGGCGAGAACACGGACACACUCGUAGCCCAGGCGGCGUCGGAUGAAGUCUCAAACGCCCUUCGGCAUCUUCAGUCUGCCGUUUAUCCUUCCAAUUCGCGGCUAUACGAUGGUCUACUCACUGGACUCCUUAGCGAGAAUACCCUACUGUUGUUCAACGAAACAUUGGGACUCCCUGUUGCCGAACUUGGCCAGCAGGGGAAUGCAUCGCUAGAGGCCAUCGUGGACAACAGGAUGCAGCUGCUCCAUACGGUCGCUGAUAAUUUCUUCCACUACUACCAAGCGUUACCCGAUCCUAACGAUCAGCGUCAACAGGAGCAACAAAGGAUGAUUGAAAAGAUUGCGCAGCUCGUCAGAAGAACCGCUAAUCAGAUGCACGUUAUCAAAGACGUUACGUCAACGUUCAACAGCCAAGCGGCCACCGUUGCUCGUUUCAAUGCCGUUCCUGCAAGGAAUGCCGCCGCGAUGCAGUACGCAACGAUGAAUGCCUUGCACAAUACGCUCGAGAACGCCACUUCGACCCAUUGCUUGCGAGACGACGGUGCUAGGGCGCUCAAAGAAAUCGGCCAGAGUAUGCAGUACACGCUAUUGCACAAGACUGGGAAGUGUGCAUACCUCAGUUAUGCCUUCAACUUGACCGUCUACAUGCUGUGCGACCAGAUCGUCUUGCCCUUGAAUUACUACUGGGUCGGUAUGAUUUUGUUCUGCAUUGGUUUCAUGCUGUCCAUGGCGAUUGGUUUCGACCUCAAGCACCUUUAUCGUCGGAUGGUGGGCCCUUCAAUGCUCAUGGAUGAUGUUUGAUACCUCCAAUCGAUUAUAAAAUGAAUACAACUACUACUGUACGCCGAGUAACGUGUGCUGGCUUGUACAGAUUCCCAUGUCCUACUGCAUGCAUUUUUCUUAGCGAAUUGCUAACUGGAAGUGCAGGAUGAACACGUGAGCAGAAGGGCAUUUACUGAUCAAGCGUGCACCGUGGGACCCCACGUCGCUUCUCGAAGA